UUCCACAGCAUGAAUCACAGCAGUCUUGAUGAGUUAAAGCUUGUUGACACAAAGUGCUCCUUCAUCUCCUGUGAUAUGACAUCGCUGGCUGGUUACUACAAAAGCCAGAGCUCGACAGCAGACGGUUGACAUCUAGUCAGGUGCUGUUGACGAUGAUGGCUGCUCAGGUGGAGGUUCAGACUGGGGAAGUAGGGAGGACGGUGGGUGGAGGACGACUCCACCUGAGUCCCCUUACUGACUCCAGCAAUAAGAGUCUCAUUGAGAUCACUUCCAUCAACCAGUCCCAUAUCAUCCCUCCUGAACCUAACAAGCCUGGCCCGAGUCCCAAGCCACGGCUCACUCCUAAACCUUUCGCCCUGGAGAGGAACCCCACCAUUAAGCCCAUACUUGCUCCUAAGCCCCAAGCCAGGCCCCGACCAGAGUCCACUCGCCUGGCUGGGCACAAAUCAGAGCCUCCAAGCAGUGCAAAACCACAGCAACCAGUUGCCCCUAGCAAACCCAGGCCAGUGUCAACCAACCUCAACCGACCCGCCUCUACCUUCUUUAAAACAUCUAAUAAGUUGAACAGUGGACAAACAACCAAGCCAAUAGUCCAGCCAUUUAAACCCGCUCCUCCUCUUGACCCUGGAGAUCCGAGCAAACCCUUUCCUCCUAUAACAGCAGAGAGAGCGAAUGUGAGAGAGAGGCGCAAAUCCAGUUUGUCAAGCUUGGCCUAUUCCAAGAGCCUUAAACAACUUCCAGCUGCAGAGUGGUCUGGAACCACUAAAAAUGAAAAUGCAAAGGACUGGAUGCCAUCCAGUGAAGGUGGCUCCUCCAUUACCAGAGCCAAGUCCAUGGGUUUUCUCAUUCAGGUAGGGCAGGAGGAGGAAGAAAAAGAAAAAGCUAAGCCAGAGAUAGCAGUGCAAAUGCGACCGCAGCCCCGAGGCUCCAGGCCCAGACCUGUGUCGGCCCUUUUCCUUGACAGUCCAACCGAGACGGAGACUCCAGCUCCUGCCCCUCGCUGGGCAAGAAGACCACUCUCAGCCGAUCUAACAUCCAAGUUUGAGUCUAUCGGUCUGUCUCUGCACCGUAAAUCUCCCAAAGCAAACACUAAGGAAAACACUCCAGAGGAGAAGCCACUGCCACAGAAGAGAGAGCAGGAGAAACCCCCGAGAGCCCCCCCACCACACAGUACUGAUGGUGUAGAUCAGCCUGCUGUUUUAGACCAAAGCAAUAAAAAGACCGAAGAAAUGACUGCGAAAGAGACUGAUGAGGAGAAGCGUGCAGUUAGCAUCAAGUCGAGAAUCAGUCUCCUCCUCGAUUCGUCCUCCUCGCCUGCGCCAGGUGCCACAGGCAAGAGUCAGAUCCUCUCCUCCGGUGCUGACGUCCCUGAAACUGAACCAGCAGUUGGGGUCAAACGGCUCAUCAAGCAGCUGACGGAGGACACAACACCGACUCAGAGCCCCCGCUGUGAAACCACCCUGAUUAGGCCCCGCCCCUUGCCCCUUGACCUCACUCAAAGGUUUUCAUCCGAGAAGUCGCCAGACAUUGGCAGUGUUUCCCCAAGUGAGGCGACAGAGCACCAUGAGAUCAGCAGAGAUCCUCAGAGGAGGAUUGAAGAGUCAGCAAUCACCCCCAGUGACCAGAAGACGUUUGUGGACCUAAAGGACUCAGAGGAGCAGCUUAGAAAGCCUGGUGUGCCUGGUCCCGGCGGUGACGUGCAGACAGUCAGAGCAUCCUUGUUUGAAAAUGUUGUGGAGAGGCACAGUGUGUUCAUGGUGGAGGAAGACAAGGCGGAUGAUUCGCUCAGCAGCCCGUCGUUUCAGAGAGGAAAUGCUGAAGAUGAAGGAACUCUGGUGAAUGCCCCUUACAGGGAGCCGUUAUCCCCAUCAAGUCCUAUGAGGGUGUUGCACGCCUUUGACACAGUGCAGGCAGUGGAAGAGAGCAGGGUGGUGAGUGAGAACAUCCCAUCAGCUCUUUGGGAGGAUAAGGCCAUGACGCUUCGCUCCAGGCGCUCAGAGGGGAACAGGCCUGGGCCAGAGAGCACAGCACAAGGGGAACCAGCUGUGGCUGAGAUGCAGGAACAACAUCCUCGAUAUCUGAGGAUCGGAGCUUUGAAUAAAUGGAGCGCUACAGGUCUCGAACAAGAGGCGAGUACAGAGAUUGGGAUGCCAAAGAAAUCACAUGUGGCUUUGGAUCAGGACAGACAGGAAGAGGCAGAACAGGAGGAAGUGGCUGCAGCUCCUAAACGUAUGAAAACAGAAGAACAGCCAAAGCCCAGAGCAACCUACUUUGCUCUGACGGGACAAUUACAGGAGCCAGCUUCUCCUGUAGACGUACAUCUAGGUGACAUGACUGUGCCGUUUGAUGAUUUCUCUGUGCUGUCUUCACCAGGCAGCUCUCAAGUAAAAGUUAAUCAGAUGAGAAGGAAUCCUUCAUUAGAUGCAGCUAUGGUAAACUCUCAAGAUCAAGGUGACGACUUGAAGACGAGGAGCCACAUGUCGCACAGGGAGAUCAGAACAGCGUACGAUGGAGAGAUGGCGGAUGACAUUAUGGAAGUUGAAAACAAAAGAGAAUUAAAAAAGGAGACGGAAAGACACAUGGCAAAAAUGAAAGCGCUUGAGAGGGAAAGACAGAGACGUCUGGAAAUGGAGAAAGAAGCCCAUUUAGAAUUUGCACGAUUGAAGGAGAGAGAAAUGCAAAGAGAAUUUGAAAGGCAAAGACAGAAAGCCUAUGAGAAGGAGAUUCGGGACUUUGAGGAGAAACAACGUCAACUGGAAAGGCAACACCAGUUAGAGCUUGAGCAGAAACAAAAGCUGCAAGAAGUGGAUAGCGCGAGACUAAGGGAACUGGAACAAGAAAGACAACGGAAACAUGAGAAGGAAAAACGGCAUGAAUUAGAGAGGCAGAGAGAGCUGGACAAGGAGAGACAGCUGCUGGAAAUCCAAAGGGAGAAAGAAAUAAUGGAGGAGCUGGAGAGAAUCAAGGAGCAGGAGACACUGCAGCUCUUAGAGUUUGAAAAACUGAAGCAAAGAGAAAGGGAGAGGCAGCUGGUGUUGGAGAUGGAGAAGCAGAGACUUAGAGAGAAGAUGGAUAGAGAAAAGGCAGAGAAACUGAAACAGAUGGCUUUAGAACAGGAGAUGUUAAGAAUGAAGGAGCUUGAGAGAGAAAGGGAACGACAAUGGGAGAUAGAGAGGGAGUGUCAGAAAGAGAUGGAGAGGGAGAAGCAGAGAGAGGUGGAGAGGCAGAGACAAAGAGAUUUAGAAAGGGAGAGACAAAGACAACUCGAUUUUGAGAGGCAGGAAUUAGAAAACCAAAGGCUGAGACAACGGGAAGUGGAGAAGGAAAGGCUGAGGAAGGAGGAGAUGGAGAGAAGACAGCUCGUGGAGUUGGAGAAGCAAAAGCAGGCAGAGGGGGUUAGACAACAGAUUAUAGAGAUGGAGAAACGCAGACUGAGGGAGAGGAUGGAGGGGAUGGAGAGGGACGAGGCAGAGAAAAUGAGACAGACAGCCAAACAGCAAGAAGCAGAGAGGCAGCGACUGAAAGAGAGACAGAAGAAAGAGGAACAGGAGAGGGGGAGGUUGGAGUCUUCACAUCUCAGACCUAAAGUAUUGGAUCUGGACUCUGUGCGGAGGAAUGGCUCCUUUUCUAAGGCAUCUCCACAGCGCAGUGACCUCGCAACGCGAUGGAAGGAGCCAUCCCCGAGAGCAGAAGAGUCUUACAGAUCUGCCAUCCUUGACAUAGACUCUUUCACGUCCCCAGCUCUAGUUUCCCCCAGUAAAGACUUGUUUCCUGUUUCUGGUAUUCAGGGUGUAGACGCUGCAUUUGGAGCUAGGUCGCAGCCCACACCUGAUGUAGAUGUUAGCUGGAGGGGGCCACCACAGACUUCAGGAGGUAUAACGAGUCCAAUAUGGAUGACGUCUCCUCAGGACCCAUGGGAGCUGCGGCCUGUUGAGACGUCUGUGGACAAACCUGAACCCAGAAAACACAUCGGCAAAAUGAGUCCAGAGCAGCUCCUCCUCAGGCAGGAGGAGCGGCUCCUGGCCCCACAGAGGAUCAGGUCUGCGGGGCAGGAGGAGCUGCUUCACCUAGCCUCUCUCUCCCGGACAGCGUCCAGGAGUGGAAGCUCUCCAGGCGGGGGCCCUCCAGGUGUGUGCCCUCCAGGCGGGGGCCCCAGCAGCGCUCCUGCAGAGCAGAUCUGGCUGCCCAGACAGCCCCAGCCUCCAAGCGGCCAGGUGGACGUCUGCGUCCACAGGAGAUCACAAGGAUCGCAGGAGUUGAACAGGAUGCGGUCUCGCAGUGUUUCUCGGCGAUCAGCUCCUUCAAUCAGCGCUGUGGAGGGAAGUCUUUCCAGGAUGAGGAGUCGCAGCGCACACCGAGAGCUGGAGGACAAAGACUGGGUGCAGCAGAAGCAGAGUGUCAGUGGUGAGGAGGAGGACUCGGGAACACCGGUCCGAGACACUGACAGUCAGUAUGGCACCUGGGAGACAGGACUGCGCACUGAUGACAGCCUCAGUCCUGCCACUCCCAGUUCAGAAAGUAAUCUGAGCCCCUCACCAAGGAAGCCCACCCCCCCGCACAUGCUAGCUGAUCCCGGCUCACGGUUUGAUAGCGACGCUCCGGACGGCGUUCCUCAAUCAACAUCUGAGAGCCAGCCGCUCCCUUUCCCUGAUGUCUCGACCGCUCUGUUAGACACCAGCGCCCUGCGCUCCAGAGCUCACCUGGUGAAGAAGCGCGCCCCUAGGUCCCGCCCCUCCAAAGCCGCCCAUCAGACAGUAGCGCUGUCCCCGGCCGAUGGAGGAGCCACGGACGACUGGCUCUACAGAGACUCCACAGAGGCGAAGGUUGAGAGCAAGGACGCUGACUCUGACUCUGAGGAGCGGGCCAGAGGAGCCGAGGCCGGCCCUGCCGUCUCCUCUCAGCCGCAGAGGAUCCCCCUGUUCACCGGGAUGGACCCUUCAGCUUUAAAGGCCAAUCUGAGGAGGAGGGGCGAAUCUGACGGUCAGAUGGACGGAUCCACUCCCUCUCCUUCACAACUCUCUCGCUCUCCCAAGUCCCCCUUUCUCCCCCGGGCAGUGCGAGUACUGCCCCCAGCUGGUGGGAAAGAGAAUGGCGAGGAGGACUCACCGCAGUGGUUGAAAGAGCUGAAGUCCAAGAAGCGUUUGAGUCAGUAUGAAAAUGAAAGCUAAGAUAUUAAUGAGGUGGCCUUAUCAGAUGAAUCUAUAUGAAACAGAAGCCUUAACUUUGGAGAGUAGGAGAGAGGAAUCUACAGCUGCUGACCUUUUUUUUUUUUUUUUUUUUAUUCUCUUCCCAUCUGGGUUUAUAAUGUGCAUGGUGCCUUUUUUUUUACGGAGAGUCUCUGUCUUUUGGAAAAAGAAUAAAACAAGCAAGGAGGAGAAGAAACAAAAACAUCGUGCUGCUCUACUUCAUCCAUUUCAUGCUUGAACCGGUGGAAGCUCUCCUGCAGCAGGACCUUCACAUGAACACUUUAAGAGGGACCAGGAGGAGACAGGAGGGGAGGGAGAGAUUAUUGGCAAUAGUGCUGCAACUGAUGAUUAUUUUCAUGAUCGAUUCAUCUGUUGAUUAUUAUCUAGAUUGAUUGGUUCAUUGUUUGGUUGAAAAAUGGCUGUGCACUCUGUCCAUGGUGAUGUAAAUGUCUUGUUUUUUUUGUCAAAAACCCAAAGAUAUUCAGUUAUAAUAAAGCAAAGCAAGUAUUGUCCACAUUUGAGAGGUUAAAAUAUAAUUUUCUGACAUUUUUGCGUAAAAGUUGCUUUAACGAUGAAUUGAUCAUCAAAAUUGUGCUGUCUAUACGAACCGUUGCAGAUGUAUUUAACAACUAUUUUGUAUUAAGCAAAAAGUUAAGAAAUGUUUGACUUGUGGGACCACGCAACACUUUUUCCUCUACGAGCUUCAUCACACACUGGAGGACAAUCCAGAAAAUCCUCGUCAAGAUGUCUGUUAGUUUCCUGACCUGACUUGUGUGUACAGGUCGUAACAUAAUGUGUGUGUUAUCAGUAUGUUGAAGGGCGUCACACAAGUAUUGCCAUAGGACGUCAUUUCAGACGCUAAUGAUCUCCUUCUUGAACAUAAAGAACAAAUCACUGCUGUCUUUAUUGCUAGUGUAAAUCUUGUUAACAUCUGUAAUCAGGAGAUGUUAUAUUUGUAUUAUGAUUGAUUUAACAGAGAACUAGUUUUGUGUUGCAUCACUACAAUAGACUUUGUUACGCUCCACACAACCCUAACAGUGUCAGAGUUGCUGCAUCUUGUACAUAUGUUUUUGUUUAAAUAUAUUUUAGUUUUUUGUGUAGGAGGGACGGGGGACUUUGCAUCUGUCAAUCAUGCACACUCCUUAUCAGCACAAAUACUUUUAUAAAAGAGAAACACUAAUCAGCCUGUCUUCCCAGAAUGAUUGUAGCGUUUACUAAAAGCCAUACUUUCAGAUUUUAGCCCUCACACACUCCUAAAUCCUGAUUUGACAAUGCUUGUUGUUUUUCAAACAAAAUGUGGAAUUGUGUCCCCUUUAAUGUGCAUGCACAAUCUUUGCUGUCAAACUGAAAGUGUUGGGUGCUCCAGUGGAGGGAUUAUUUGUUCUCUACUUUGUUUAAAUCACUCUAUGAAACUCCUCAAAGCAUAUGAACAUUUGCACCUGCUUUCCACCUUUACUGUAAUCCUCCUCCUGCUGCUGCGCUUCUAUAAAGCACUUUGUCACUCGACGCACUACGGCACUGACCUCUGCCUCUCGUCUGGUCUCCUGUGGUGUUGGAGAUUUUCUCAUGCAAUGCAAGUGAAUGUGUCGAAGUCCUCUGGGGGGAUUGUCCCUGGUUUCUAUGUACGUGACCUUUUACUUUGUCAUAAAAAUGUGAGGGUUUAUUUUUUGUCCUUUUUUUUUUUAAUUUGAAAGUAAAGAUGUAUAUUGCACUGUGUUGUACUGGCCAGUGUCCUAAAGUGAAUACAUUCUUAAUAAAAUGUACUUGAGUUAAA